AUGAAGGAUGUGGGCAGUAACAGCUAUCACAAAAGGAACGUAGGAAGAAAGCUUUGGCGGGAAAUAGCAGAGGAAUUGAACAGCACAAGUGAAGCGACCAAAGGGAAAUGGCAAAACUUGAGAGAUAACUUUCGCAGAGAACAUGCAAAAAUUUCGAAUGCGCCUACAGGUAGUGCAGCUCUUGGUGAUACUCAAAUCUCUUCGUGGAAAUACUACAAACAACUUUCAUUCCUAAUCGGCGCGUUUUCUUCCCGAAGAAUGAAGACCAAUAUGCCUUCCGUGUUAAGCCAAACUUCAGAGCUAGCUGAUAUCCUAAAUGAAGAAGAAGAGCACGUAGCAAGGGCAUCUAACAACACCAUUGAUCCUAAUUGUGCGAUCAGCAACAGUACUGUUGAAACACAAGAAUCAGAAACCCCCGUAGAUACUGUUCAAACAGACCCGUUUCGUGGUCCCAGUGUAAAGUCGUUCAAAAAACCUCUCAUGACAACAAAACAAAAAAUUGCUAGACCGGAUGCCUUAGCAAAACUUGUUUUACUGGAGCAGCGAAAGGUUGAGCAACUGGAGAAAAGGUAUGAACGUAGCAAUACAUCUGAAGAUUUGAACAAGGAUGACGACUGCCAUUGCCUUAUGAGUCUACUACCACAUCUUCGUGAUAUCCCAAAAAAAAAGAAGCUGGCAACCAGAAUGCGCCUACAGCAAGUACGUCCCAAUUCUGCUACUUCAUCGUAUUCUUAUAAUUACUGCCCACAGUGUUCAACUCCAUGA